CCUGACGGGCGUUUGUCUUGACGCUCACCGUAGCGUAAGCUCCGGCACCAUGGAUCCGGAACGCUUGCAGUGGUACUAUGUGGACCGGACGGGCCAGGAGUUCGGCCCCUUCCGGACGGCGAAGAUGCGCUCCUGGUUUUCCCAGGGCUUCUUCCCCAUCGGGGACGAGUUGCUGGUGCGCUUGGGCGACUGGCCACCUGAGUCCCACGUGCCAGUGAAGCUGCUCUACCCAGAGCCAGACAGCAUUUUCGUGGGUGGACCCCAGUCCCCCUUUAAUGCGCGGCCCCGGCGUAGCCGCUCCCGCAGCCGUCGGCGGCCGCGGGAGCUUCCGCGGGAGCCGCGGGAGCCGCGGGAGGCGCGGGAGGCGCGGGAGGAGCCUCCACGACCCAUGCGGCCCCCACCGCGCAUGGAGGACUAUCCUCCUGAAUAUGAUCGACCGCCGCCGCCGGGCUACGGCCCCUACGGCUACCCGCCCUAUGGUCCCUCUAGCUACGGCCCGCCUGGCUACGGCCCCCCACCGGGCUAUGGCCCACCUGGCCCGCCUGGCCCGCCUGGCCCGCCCCCCCCGCCCGGGUACGGCCCCCCUCCGACCUACGGCCCGGGCUAUGCGCCCUUCGGCUACGGGCCCCCGGGCUACGGGCCCCCGCCGCCGGGCUACGGGCCGCCCGGCGCGCCGGGCAUGGCGCCGGGGUAUGGCCCUCCAGGGGGCGGCCCCCAGGGCCGGCACAAGGGGAAGCUCAAGUCCUUCAACCCCAAGCACGGCUUCGGUUUCGUGGACUGCCCCGAGGUGCGGCAUCGCUUCAGCAGAGAUGUUUUCGUCCACAAGGCCCAGAUUGGCGACUUGGAAGUUGGUGAGGAGCUGAGUUUUCUGGUGGACACCAACAAGGACGGCAUGCCGCAGGCACGCGACAUCCGCCGUGCCGAUGGCUCCAAGCCCGGCCCGUCCAGGAAGACGGAGGGAGGCGAAGAAGCGAAUGGAGGCACCGAGAACGCCAAAAAACGCCGGAGAGGAGGAGGAGGGAAGGGAAAGAAGAAGCCAAAUGAAGGCGAUGGUGGGAAGGGUGGUGACAAGGUCCCGGCGUUGACUGACAAGGACGACAAGGAAACAGUCGAGGGUGAGAAGAAGGAGACAGCAGACGAGCCCGAGCCACCAAGCACGGCGGCUGAAGCUUCAAAUGCUGAAAAAGCUGACACAGAGGUGGCCGCGCCUGCAGCUGAAGCUGCCCCGGCAACUGCGCCCGCGCCAGAGACAUCCACGGCUGCCGAAGCCGUGGCCCCGGCAGCGGAAACCGUAGCCCCUGCAGAAGCCGCGGCCCCGGCCGCGGCCCCGGCAGAAGCUGCGGCCCCGGAAGCGGCAGCCGCCCCUGCGGAAGUUGCAGCGCCGCCGCAAGCCGCGGCCCCGGUGGAAUCCACGGCGCAGGCAGCUGAAGCUGCCGCAGCGGUAGCGCUAGCGGCCCCGGUGGCAGAAGUUGCAUCCCCACCAGUGCCAGCGCCAGUGGCACCGGCUCCGGAAGCAGUGCCCGCAAGCACCGAGACGGCGGCAGCUCCAGCAGAGGCUCCCGCGGCUCCCGCGCCGGCAGCGGCUGCCGAGCCUCUUGCGCAAGGCAGCUAAGCUGCUGUUCCAAGCCAGGUGACGGGCAAGCCCGUGCCGAAGAGUUUGAGCUCUCCGGCUGAGGUGAGUGCACGAGAGGGCAUCCCCAUUUAAGUGGCAGUCCAAGGGACCUGUGCGCGAGUUUUGGAGGCCCUCUUCGAAAGGCCCGACGGGCUUAAAGCAGAUGUGCCCAUUGGACAACGUGAAGCCGCGGGCCUGAAGGGAAACCAGAGGCGCCAACUGCCCU